ACUCUGUCAGAGAGACAAGGAGAGGAGGAGUGUGUAGUGUGGAGUGUGUAGUGUGGAGUUGUGAGGAGAUCUGCUUUUUAACACUGCAGCUGUUUUUUUUUUCUAAUAAUAAUAAUAAUAAUAAUAAUAAUUUAUAUUGUGAACUCAGUUUAUGGUUUGAGAGACAGAGAGACAUUUAGAGAAGAGACUUGGUGGUGAAGUGUGUGUGUGUGUGUGCGCGCUACACCGAGCUCUCACCAGCAGGAGGGAGGUUCUAGGCUUGUUCUCGGGAAGGGCUGGAGCAGAGCGCCUGAUCCUCAGAUCGCAGCACAUGUCGGGUUCCUCAGACAGUCUGGUCGGAGUGAUGGACAGCUACACGGACCUGGGGCUCGGACAGGUGAGGAGCGGGGCGGAUGUGGCCCCUCUGUCCUGCCCCGGGCGGCCCUUCGGUGAGCCGCUGUGCGCCCUGUCGGCCCCGGAGCGCGCGGCCCAGCUCACCGGCAGCCCGGAGCGCGCGCAGGACUUCCUGAAGAUCGAACCGGGCCCGUGGGAGGACGUGACGGACGAGGCGUUCCAGCUCGGGGACACCGCGGACUUGGACGCGUGUAAGUUUGUUAAAGACGAGCGGGAGCCGGAGCUCAUCACCGCCCCGAGCCUCGACGUGCUGCACGUGCCCAGCUCGUCCUUCGGCCCGGUUCCGCCGACACUGAUGGACUCCGGAGCGGGACUCGAGCUGGACCUCCCGCGGCCGGGCGCGCUGGGCUUUGACUCCGCGGGGGUGUGUAAGACCGAGCUGUCCGGCUGGGAGUCUCCGCUCUGGUUCCCCGGGGAGGAGCGACACGGACAGCUCGGGUUCUCCCCCACGGAGAGCCUCCACAGCGCGCGCUUCAUCCAGCGCGCUCCCGCGGGCUUCAGCGCCUUCCAGGGCGUCCAUACGCAGAGAUCCUGUGUGAUAUGCGGAGAUGAGGCUUCAGGCUGCCACUACGGAGUCCUGACGUGUGGAAGCUGCAAGGUGUUCUUCAAGAGAGCUGUGGAAGGACACCAUAACUAUCUGUGCGCCGGGCGGAAUGACUGCAUUGUGGAUAAGAUCAGGAGAAAAAACUGCCCCGCGUGUCGCCUCAGAAAAUGCUACCAGGCCGGGAUGAUGCUCGGAGGUCGUAAGUUGAAGAGAUUCGGUGUUCUGAAGGCCAUGGGUCUAGGCCCACCCCUAAUGAUCCAGGGCCACAGUUUGGCCUCCAUGUCAUGUGUUCCUGGGAUCCAAGAGCUGCAGCUUUCACCUCAAUUUAUAAACAUCCUUGAGAACAUUGAACCCGAGAUGGUCUACUCUGGCUUCGAUAACUCCCAGCCUGCAGUGCCACAUCUGCUCCUGAACAGCCUGAACAGACUGUGUGAGGGACAGCUGCUGUGGAUCGUCCGCUGGUCCAAGGCUUUACCAGGGUUCCGCAAUCUACACAUCAAUGAUCAGAUGACCCUGAUCCAGUACUCCUGGAUGAACCUGCUGGUCUUCUCACUCGGCUGGAGAACCUUCCAGAACGUCUCCUCUGACUUCAUGUACUUUGCUCCUGACCUCAUCCUCAGUCAUGAUCACCUGAGGACGACGCCCAUCUUCGACCUGUGCCUGGCCAUGCAGGAGAUCCCGCAGGAGUUCGCCAGGCUGCAGGUCACCAGAGAGGAGUUUCUGUGCAUGAAGGCCAUAAUGUUGCUCAACACCGUUCCUUUAGAGGGUUUGAAGAGUCAGAACCAGUUUGAUGAGAUGAGACAGAACUACAUCCGAGAGCUGAGUAAAGUCGUCCAGAUGAGGGAGAAAGGAGUGGUGGGGAGCUCGCAGCGCUUCUAUCACCUGACCAAGCUCAUGGACUCCAUGCAUGAGAUAGUGAAGAAGGUCAACCUGUACUGCCUCAGCACCUUCAUCCAGGCCGACGCCAUGAAGGUGGAUUUCCCCGAGAUGAUGUCGGAGGUCAUCGCGUCACAGCUCCCCAAGGUUCUGGCCGGCAUGGUCCGGCCCCUCCUCUUUCAUGGGAAAUGAUGUCACGACACGGCAGAGGGGGAUUCUGGGAUACGGACGAGCGCCUUUCAGCUUUCAGCUCAGUGACGUUUUUUAUCUGCUUUCGUGGAGAAAGACGUGUAACGGUUCCACUGUUGAUUUUGUUCUGAUGUUUAGUUAGAAGAUAAAACUUUUCUGUAAAAUCGUCCCUCUGGGGAACAUCUCCUAAAGUCCUGCAGUAUCAUUCCAUGGUGAGGGCAAAUUCAUAACUAGAACAGCUUACAAUUCAUAUACCAUAUAUAUAUAUUUUAAAUAAGAGAAGGACGACCCCCCCCCCCC